CUAUAUGAGGACUUUGUUGGCUAAGUCUAUAUUUUUUGCUGUGGAAUUGUUUUAGAUGGUAGGUUUAUCAUCUGAUAUUAGCUUGUUUUUACAGAAUGGGACUUAAUCAGGAGUGCACUAGAGUUCCAGUAAUUCUUUGCGAUGAUCCUUGGAAGUGAUAUCUUUAAAGAUGGGGUUGAUAUAUGCUGUUCUUAUGUUUAUUUCUCUGCAUUCUUUUGUUGCCUCCGAUUAUCAAGGAGAUGCGCUUUAUGCUUUGAGGACUUCACUGAAUGCUUUGCCUUCUCAGCUCUCUGAUUGGAACCAAAAUCAAGUUAGUCCAUGUGCUUGGUCCAAUGUUAAGUGUGACUCUAUUAAUGUCAAUGUCAUUUCUGUAACAUUGACAUCCAUGGGAUUUUCUGGAACCUUGUCUCCAAAAAUUGGGGUUUUGAAGAGUCUCAGUACCCUUUCAUUGCAAGGUAAUGGCAUAACUGGUGGGAUACCAGAGGAAUUUGGAAAUUUAUCAAGUUUGACAAGCUUGAAAUUGGAAAACAACCGUUUGACUGGACAAAUUCCAUCUACCCUUGGCAAUCUUAAAAAGCUUCAGUUCUUGAUUUUGAGCCAAAACAAUCUCAAUGGAAGUAUCCCUGAGUCAAUUGUGGGUCUUCCAAAAACAAUCAGCCUUCAGCUGGAUUCCAAUGAUCUUAGCGGUCAGGUUCCUGAGCAGUUAUUCGAAGUUCAAACAUACAAUUUUACAGGAAACCACUUGAAUUGUGGUGUAAAUAUCUCACAUCCAUGUGAAUCUGACAGUGAUGAUACGGAUGCCUCCAAGAAGUCAAAGCUUGGAAUUACUUUUGGAAUUAUUGGAGCAGUAAUAGGUCUUCUCCUCCUUGGAGGCUUUCUGUUUCUUGUGUGGAAGAGUAGGCACAAGGGGUACAGACGCGAUGUCUUUAUCGAUGUUUCAGGGGAAGAUGACCGACGAAUUGAAUUUGGUCAAUUGAGAAGGUUUGCAUGGAGAGAACUUCAACUGGCUACAGACAAUUUCAGUGAGAGAAAUGUUCUUGGACAAGGUGGCUUUGGAAAAGUAUAUAAAGGGGUACUUGCUGAUAAUACAAAGAUUGCUGUGAAGCGGCUGAUUGAUUGUGCAAGUCCGGGGGGAGAGGCAGCUUUUCUAUGUGAAGUUGAGAUGAUAAGUGUAGCUGUUCACAGGAAUCUGUUACGGCUUAUUGGGUUCUGUACAACCCCAUCAGAACGGCUCUUAGUUUAUCCAUUUAUGCAGAACCUAAGUGUUGCCUAUCGUUUGCGAGAGCUUAAGCCUGGAGAGCCAGUGUUAGAUUGGCCCACUAGAAAGAAAGUGGCUUUAGGCACAGCUCGUGGGUUAGAGUACCUCCAUGAACAUUGCAAUCCCAAGAUUAUUCAUCGUGACGUUAAGGCUGCUAAUGUAUUACUAGAUGAAGGUUUUGAAGCCGUGGUUGGGGACUUUGGCCUGGCAAAGUUGGUGGAUGUAAGGAAGACUAAUGUGACAACUCAAGUUCGUGGGACCAUGGGCCACAUAGCACCUGAAUACUUAUCUACUGGAAGGUCAUCUGAGAGGACCGAUGUUUUUGGUUAUGGGAUUAUGCUUCUAGAACUUGUAACAGGACAGCGUGCAAUUGAUUUUUCCCGAUUGGAAGAAGAUGAUGUCUUACUGCUUGACUAUGUUAAGAAGCUGGAACGGGAGAAACAGUUAGAUGCUAUUGUAGACCGCAACCUAAACAGGAACUCUGAUAGCCAAGAGGUGGAGAUGAUGAUUCAAGUUGCCUUACUUUGUACUCAAGCAUCACCUGAGGAUCGGCCAACAAUGGCAGAGGUGGUAAGGAUGCUGGAAGGGGAAGGUUUAACUGAGAGGUGGGAAGAGUGGCUGCACGUUGAAGUUACUCGUAGACAAGAGAACGGGAGAUUACAGAGGAUAUAUGACUGGGGAGAAGACUCGAUACACAACCAGGAUGCAAUUGAAUUAUCUGGCGGAAGAUGAGGGAGUGGAUCAAUCUUCAUUUUUCAGGGAAAACAAUUGCCAUUGCGACAGUUGGGGGUGGUGGUGGU